AACUUUCCUAAGGCAGAGGCUUUUAGGACGCGGGCCCCGCAACCAGAUGGUCCGCAGGAGAAGCGCCAGCUCCAGCCGCAGCACCCGGAGCGGCAGAGCCCCGCCGAGCCGCAGGGACUGAGCCGGCGCCGGGGGGGGCAGCGCAGCAGCCGCGGUGCCCAGCGCCGGAGCCCGAGGCAGGGUCCGGAGCCCCCCACCCCGACGGCGGCAGCUCGAUCCUCUGCCGGGGGGGCCCCCUGCGCCGUCUUCUCCUCCCCGCAUCCCCCUUUGCUUUCAUGCAACGCCUGGUGGCCUGGGACGCAGCAUGCCUCCCCAUCCAGCCGCCCGCCUUUAAAUCCAUGGAAGUGGCGAAUUUCUAUUACGAGGCGGACUGUCUGGCUGCUCUCAACAAGCUGCACCCGCGGGCGGCCGGGGGCCGCUCCAUGACCGAGCUGACCGUAGGGGACCACGAGCGAGCCAUCGACUUCAGCCCCUACCUGGACCCCUUAGCAUCCCAGCAGCCGGCGCAGCCGCCUCCUCCCGCAGCAGCAGCAGGGGGCAACUUUGAGCCUCCGUGCAGCAGCGGCGGCGGCCAAGAUUUCCUUUCCGAUCUCUUCGCCGAGGACUAUAAAGGCAGCGGCGGCAAGAAGCCCGACUACACCUACAUCAGCCUCGGCCGGCACGGCCACCCGUGCGGCAGCCAGAGCCACAAGCCGGGGGGGCUGCCGGGCUGCUUCCCGCCCCAGAUCGUGGAGACCAAAGCCGAGCCGGUCUUCGAGACCCUGGACUCUUGCAAAGGGCCCCGUAAGGAAGAAGGGGGGGCCGGGCCGGGACCGGGGGGCAUGUCCUCGCCCUACGGCAGCACCGUGCGCUCCUACCUGGGCUACCAGUCGGUGCCGAGCGGCAGCAGCGGGAACCUGUCCACCUCGUCCUCCUCCAGCCCCCCCGGCACCCCCAACCCCUCCGAGUCCUCCAAGUCGGCCGCGGCCGGCGGGGGCUACUCGGCCCCCCCCGCGGGCAAGAACAAGCCCAAGAAGUGCGUGGACAAGCACAGCGACGAGUACAAGCUGCGCCGGGAGAGGAACAACAUCGCGGUGCGCAAGAGCCGCGACAAAGCCAAAAUGCGCAACCUGGAGACGCAGCACAAAGUCUUGGAACUGACGGCCGAGAACGAGCGGCUGCAGAAGAAGGUGGAGCAGCUCUCCCGGGAGCUCAGCACCCUCAGGAACUUGUUCAAACAGCUGCCCGAGCCCCUGCUCGCCUCCUCGCCGCGCUGCUGACCCCCUUUCCCCGGGGCCGGCCGGAGGGGAGCGCCGGUGGCCGGCUCCCCGCUGCGCCCCCCCCCACCCCCCAUGCCGGGGGAGCCCGGGGCUGGGGGCUCGCAGCGUGCCCCCGGGGCUCCCCCCGGGCUCGGCGGGGUUUUCUGCUCGGUUUGCUCUUUAUUUACGCGUCGGCGGAGGGGCCCGGUGAGGCCGCCUGGGCGCGGGGGCGCGCCGGGGGUCGGGGGUCGGGGGCCGGCGGCCGCGGGGCUCUGCGGGCUGCUGGGCGCUGGGGGUAUUUAACACAGCGAGAGGAGAGCAGGGCGAAGUGAUGCAAUCCUUGAAGCAUGGCUGGGAAUGCUGCGUACAUGAUGCAAUCUCGUGUAACUGUCAGUCAUGGAUUGAGUAAUCUGUUAAAGAUGUUCCUACGUUUGUUUUUUUUUUUAUUAUAAAGAAUAAUCUAUUUCUAUAAGAAAAUACAUAUGUAUAUUUUGGGAUCUAUGCAUUCUUGCUACGUUUGAAGCAUUAAUGAACAAUUUUAAUAAACUUUAUGACUAGGUUAAAAAAAGUAGCUUGUUUUAUUUGGAAGGCACGUUUGAAGCUAGCUUAAAGGCAGAGCUGAAACUCUAGCUGCAUCUGGCUCGGUGCUGUGAUCAGGGAGCAGGAUUUCUGUUGGUCUUUUCACUUUCUCUGUGACUCAGAGAAAAACAAAAACAAAAACCCCAAGAGAAAGCCAGCAAAGAGCAGGGCUGGAAGCUUCAGCCAGUUCUUGUUGCCUCAUUUUAUUUCCUCUAAUCACUUGCUUUAGCUGCCGCUUGGGUAUUGUGUGGGGAGGAGGUGGUUGUUUGGCGUUUUCGGAUUUUGCACUUCUUGCUGUUCCCAACGUGUAGAGCGAGGUGUGCUGUCCAAACCGGGGCCGGUCCUUGGCAAAGUAACUCCGACUCUGAAGUGGGAGGGAGGAAGAAAAAGUAAGGGAGGAAGCUUUAAUUAAUUUAUUUAUUUUUUCCUUAAGGAGUUUCUGUUCUCUAAGCUAUGAUUCAGCCUUUCUUAUGUUUGUAGUUUACAGGAACAAACAUCAGAAAGUAGCAUGUCUGUUGGAUGCUGGUAACUCGGUCACUGCUCAGGAAGCUCUCCUGCAGCCGGCCAGGUGAGAGGCACACGAACAGCUCCCUUAUCCUUUCUCUUGAGACAUUUUCCGAAAAAACUGUAGAUGGAGUUUCUCUGUUGAGAGGUGUUUGUUUCUGUGCUUCUGUGCUUGGGGGACAGUGGCAGAUAAGCUGGGGGGCAGAGAAGGAGGAAGCUGGUGCUGGGCUACACCUCUGUUCCCAGGGGAGCUGGGGCUCUGCCUCUGAUGGAAGGAGCCAGGCUCGGCACGGCUCCCGAGCCCCCGCUGCUCGCUGCCGCACGCAGCUCUGCGAGCAGCUAACAGUCCCGAGCUGGUUACGCGCAGGGAGUUGAGAAAAUGAUCAGCUCUUACUCAGCAUUUUCCAUUUUCCUGUUAGGCCAAAUUUAAGCACUAAGUUUUUAAGACGAGUGCCUCCGAACAGAAACUUCUUAACUGUCUGUGCUGUUGGACAGCUGAAUACAGAAGGGCUUUUCUGGAUCGAGCCAAUGCAUUGGAAUUGGCUGCUAUACAUUCUAAUGCAAAAAGCAGCAGAUUUCAGGACAAAUAUCAAAUUUGUUGUUUAUUUCUAAUGUUUCUCAAAGCAAAGUGUGUUUUCUACUGAAAGAACUGUUGUGCAUUUUUGACACUUAAGAUCAUACCUUCCUCUGGCGGGGCAAACUCCCGGAGCUCUUCCUGAAAUUUGUUGUGCGUCCCCUGCUCCCGCAGUGCCUCCGCAGCUCCUGCUAGGAGCUGGGCACUGUAAGCACAAAGUGUUAGACCUGUUACAGAUUUCUGCUGUUUUAAUUCGGACAGCACAGUUCAGUUGGUUUUAUGAGACCCUAAGAAUCGAUUUUCUCGGGUGAGCUAGCUCCUGCACCGGCUUGACUCAAGUUCUUGCAGGCAGGAUAGACGUUAGAUCUUGUCUUGACUGUCCCUCGUGACGCUGAUUUCUCCAGCCUCCUGUGGCUGUUUAUUCUACUAUUCUUCUAGUUACGAAACUUAUCCACAUCGUUAGAUCCUAUUUUCUUGUUGUGCUGUAGGCCAUGUAAUGUUACCCAAACUCACAAGCUGCGUUCCCAGUCGGAGCUGAGUACUGCUGAGGGCAGAAUUGCUGCAGGACUGAAGAUGUCCUCAGAUACAUUUCUUUCUUUCUUUAUAAAUGACAAAGCUUCCAACAAAAGUUCAGUUUAUGAGGGCUGGGAGGCAGGGUAGAUUGAAAGAUAAGAUGUACUAAAGGUAUUUAUAUUUGUUUAAAUAAUAGUCCAGUUUUGGAGAUAGAGCUCUGUCAGGCACGAAUGAGCUAAUCCCCGUCCUUAAACUUUGCCUGCUCCAGGAGAGUCAGGGCAGCGCUGCUGCAAUUUAAAGAAUGUUUAAAUUCCUGCUGUAUUGCCAUGUAUCUCUUCAUUUGGAUUAAAGAUCUCUCAUUCAGGAAGAAACCUGUGCAGCAAUGAGUUUUUGUCAAAAGGACGCGGUUACAGAGAGGAAAACCGAGAGCACAAAUGCAUUGAUUUUACACUAGUCUCAGAAGGAACCUGGAAGAGUCAGAGAAUUCCUGACUCCUUCUUUCUUAAUCUUCUGUCAGCUACAGAACUUACAUUUUAGGAGCUUUCUAGCAUGAUUAAAUGCAUAGAGGUCAUGAAAUACCCCACUUUAUAAACAAGCAUAUGAAAAAGCCCCUGGAAUUAAAACAUUUCCUAGAAAAUAAUGUUUGGAAACAGUUUGGGAAAAAGUAGCUUGGAAAUGAAUCUGAGCACUAAUUCUAGUACUAAAGCAGACAAAAGAGUCCAAAUAUUUUUUCUAAUUACAGGGGUGGGGGUGGGGACAUUGGAAAAUCCCUGUCUGAACAGGGGCUCGGCUCCAAAUAUUGAUAUAGCUUCCCAUUACAAGCAAGAUUCGGUUGACUGAAAGCAGUACUUGGUGCAUCUCAGUUGUCUUCUCACAAGGUUUCUUUAGCUUCUCUUCCUAAAGUGACUCAGGGCAAUUUGCGGUAGGACUUUGCAGGCUACCUGCAGGUAAACCACGCCGAGGAGUUACGGCCUUUAUGCCAUGAGUCUGUUUUGAAUUUUAUGGAAGUUUAUAAACGUCAUUUGGUUCGGGGUUGUUUUUCCCCUUUCAAAUUGAAUGCUACAUUGACUGAUUCAGACAGAUCUUUCUUGUUACUACCAAAAUAACAGAGUUUCUUCCUAUUUAGAAAUAAGUCUGUAAGACCACAUCCCUAGCACUGGCAUCCAAAGCACCUAGCACCGUUUCAUCAUUUGCUAACAUUCAAAUUCAGUUGUGCUUAGUUCUGCAAAAGGAAUCAUAUGUAUAAUUUUAAGCCAAAAUAUUUAAAAAACAUAAGUAUUAUUUUGUUAGUGGGUUUUCUGUCUAUUAAUAGCAAUUGCUAGCCUCUGCUUAUCUGUCCAAAGCAUGUAUAGCCCCAUACAGCUCUGGCAUUGUGUGGUGUUGCUCUGACACUUUGCCCGCUGCCUUCCCUUAUUGACUCUUGGAAGAUGCAGGAAAAUUUACACUUGUUUCUAUACUAAUUGUUUAUCUUCUAUGAAAUACAAUCACCCAAAUUGCACCAACGGGUUACUGGGCUGGGAGACUCGAUCACAUUUUGUUUUUUUCCUCAUUCUUGCUAUAGCCUUCUUCUAUCAAAAUUACAACCUGAAAAAAAAAAACUUUGUGAAGUGUUUACCUUUACAAUUUCCUCACUAGACCAACUGUUAUUGAUGUGGAUGUGUAUGAAAAUAUGAAGUUACUCUCGUACUAGGUAGUUUUCAAGCAAUGUUUCCUUAGCUGUGACAAGAAUAAAAGUCAAUGCAACUUAGUAUCUGCUUUAAUAAAGACAAAAAUGUAUAUGAGGCCAAAUUACACAUCUUCUUUUGUCAUUUAUAAUGGUAUCACUUAAGAUACAAUAAGUAUUGUCUUGCAUUUUCCUGUUACUCAGAGCAACACAAACUAAACCACCACCAAAUUAGACCAGCAGGGUUUUGCACUCGGUUUGUUCUGGUUAGAGAUGAUCAUGUGGUGGAUGGGGUAAUGAUGAAUCUGCUUCUCUUUUUCCUACUAAGAACUAAGGAAAAAAAAAAAAAAAAAAAAAAAAAACCUCUCCUGCAGGUUAGCCUUUUUUUUUUUUUUUUUUUUUUUUUGCGUGUUUAUCUCUGUGCACAUGCUUAGUAGUCAGAAUUUUAGGGCAAAACUCAUAUAUUAAUGUGAAGUGUUAAGAAAAAUGUAAACCUAUGCAUGUAUGUUGCAAGGAUCCUAAUACAAUCAAGAAGUCUAAACGAAACUAGGCAUAUAAUGAACUACUCCCACGGAAACAAGUCUGUUCUGUUUUUAACUACUCAGUAAAGUAAAAGUAGAACCAAGUGGCACUAUCUGUACAUUAAAUACGUGAGGGAACUGGCUCUUCUUUUGGGCGAUGCACCCUGAACAGACUAGUGAAAUUAUUAAAAGAAUGGAGUUCUACUUAACUAUUUGCUGGGACCCAAAACAUAUUCUGAAAGUUCAAUCCUUUCAGCAGAAAGCUAAACUUUGUACAAGCUGUAAACUUGGGUAAUAUCCCGUGAUUUUUGGAGGUUUCUGAUUCUAUCAUGUGAAUUGAGGCCUGCUUUGACCCAGCCUGGGCAGCUGAGCAGCGGAAUAUGUAAGCACCUGGAAAUAGCCGCGCAUUGACAUCAGGACCAUGUGAGAUGAAUGAUGCAGUGUAAGCCUGAUGCAAAACUAUGUGAAAUCCCAAGACAGUUUCUCUUUGCAGUGAUACCAGACCCUGCAGCUCAGCAGCCGGGAGCACAACUGCUGUGGGAUUUGAGUCCUAAGCCUCAGUAAAGAAGAGCUCUCAAGUUCAGCACAGCUCCGAUUCUGAUUUGGGUAGUUCUAUCUACCGGGAACUAAAAUCCCUUUGUGAUUGUUUUCUUACCUGCUAAUUUGUUUGACUGUUCUGUUUUGAAUAAAGGGCUUUCUACCCCUCCUA